AGUGGAAGAGCUCAGAGGCUAUAAGCAGCUGUUCAUACAUGAUGUUCAUAAUACAUGUUGGUUCAAUGAGGGGGAUGCUGGUACUCAUCUGUCAGGCUCUGUUGUGGCCUGCCGUUUCAGCCCUGUUUAGAGUGGAGGUACAGGAGAAAGCGUAUGAGGCUGAACUACACAGUGACAUCAACCUAGGGUGUAGAUUCUCCACAGUUAAAAAAAACACAGACCUUUCUGUCAUAUGGCGACGAGUCGAGCCGAAGCCAGAUGUGGAUGUGUAUCGGCUGGAGAGAGGCAGAGUAAACCACAACUACACAAGUGCUGCGUUCAGAGAGCGUGCACAACUGAUCCAAGAACUGCUGAAUAAAAACCACGCAGUGCUGCACUUGAAGAAACUCAGGAUAAAGGAUUCGGGCACAUAUCAGUGUAUCGUGAAAUACGGGGAUGAAGGAGACUACAAACACGUCACACUCAAUGUUACAGCGCCUUAUUCUCCAAUACAGAAAACUGUCAGACAAACAGGGCGAGAUGAAGUCGAGCUCUCCUGUGAGACUAAAGGAUACCCCUCACCUCAGGUAAUCUGGAGCGAUGGCCAAAACACAAACCUUACAGAGAGGAUCAACAGCUCUGUACGUUUUACUGACGAAGAUCUCAUCAACAUCAUCAGCAAGCUGACGGUGAAACCAGACUUGGUCAACAACUACACCUGCGCCUUCCUCAUGAAGGGUGAAAUCAGAAAGACGGCCACCUUCAGAAUCCCAGAUGAAAUCUCUCCUCACGGCUCUUCUCAGUAUUAUGUAUGGAUUGGAGCCGUGGUGGUUGUGCUUAUGGCCAUUGCCUUCAUCUCUGUGAUCCUGCGUAUGAGGAAAAACGGUCAGAAAGCAAGAAGAAAUGAGUCGACGAAAUGUUGUUCCCAGUUGCCGCACCUGUCUCCUGUUACAAACAUUGACUCAUUACUGACAGUAGACGAGAAUAGACCAGAUACAUGUGACACAAUUUUAGAAGGGAAGGACAAUCUCUGAAUAUUGCAUCCGUUCUGCCUGAUAAGAGAUAAACUAUCCUGCUGUUGGGAGAACCAGGCAGCAGCAAAACCACCGUAGCCCAAAUAAUGUCCUCCUGCUGGGUUCAGAGUAUCACGACAGACCCCUUCAACAUUCACCGACUCCAGCUGGUCGUGCUGGUAGACUGUAGUGAAGCACAAGGAGAUUUUUUUGCAAGUGGUCAAAUCAAGCAUUACUUAUGAAAAACAGUUAGACGAGUGUGAUCUGAAAGAGACGCUUUUGGGACCGGCGGACUGUUUAGUAAUUCUGGAUGGCUAUCGAGAGAGGAAUACAGACUUGGAUGAAAUGCUCAGGACAUUUCUAACAGAGCAUCAGACUUGUAGGGUUUUGGUGACGUCCCAUCCAGGCGAGUGUCCAGCCUUGGAGAACAGAGUCAGGACAGUUUUGCAACCUAUUC